AUGGAUGCUCGUCGGCGGCGUGAAUCAAAAUAUGAACGUCCAGUACGUGCUGACACCAUGGGUAGUGCCGUGUACAAUGCAAAAGAUGCGCACAGUAUGCAUCAGUCAUUGAAUAGUGAAUUCAUGUUGUAUCAACUUAUUUUGAAACGUAUACUAACCGAAAAAAAUAAACAAGGAUCAGCUGCAAGUGGCCUAUACGAAUAUUUCAAACCCGAAGACGAAACUGACCAACGUACUAUGAUAGAAUUCGAUAAGACAUACAAACCAAGUCAAGCUAUUUUUUGGUACACACGUGAAAGUUGUAUUUAUCGUAUGCUCAAUAAAGCUUUACGAACACAAAAUAUCAGCCAUUUAUUGGGUUUCAGUGCUUUCGUUCGUGAUCUAUAUAAGCAAUUAGGACAAGAGCAAAUACCAUUCGUGAAAAAAAUUAAAACACCAACAAUGAAAGUUUAUCGUGGACAAUUUAUCAGUAAAGAUGAAGUUAAUCGAAUGAAAUCUGGUAUUGGUCAACUAAUUGCUAUGAAUUCUUUUUUGUCUACGAGUACAAAUCUAAAUAAAGCCUUAGAAUUUGCUACUUCUAGACCACCACCUAUUGAUACAUUAACAUCAAUUUUACUUGAAAUUACUGUUCAGAUCGGAUCGUCGAGUCGACCAUAUGCUGAUAUAAAACAUUUAAGUGCAUAUCCAACUGAAGAAGAAAUUCUUUUUACAUUCGGUUCUGUUUUUCGUAUUGAUAAUAUUACUGAAGAUAAAGAAAAAAAAGUCUGGCGAGCAAAAUUCACUUUAUGUAGUAAUGAUGAUGCUGAUUAUCAAGAAUUUAUGCAAACAUUAGUAAAAGAUGUAAAAGGUAAAGAUGAUUUAGUAUCACUCGGUCACUAUUUACUUGAAAUGGGAAAAUUUGAUGAAGCUGAAACACAUUAUCAAAUCUUAUUAGAAAAUAAUUUACUUACAAAUGAAUAUGAUAAAGCUACAUGUCAUCAUGGACUUGCACGAGUAAAUACAAAAAAAGGUGAUUAUGAUUUAGGUUUAAGUAAUAUUAGUAUUGCAUUAAAAUAUUUAUUCAAACAGAAUAUUGAUAAAAAUUUAGCUCUCAUUGCAACAUGUUACAAUGAUUAUGCUUCAAUAUAUUGUAAGAAAGGUAAUUAUUUAAUGGCUUUUAGUUAUUAUGAAAAAGCAUUAUUGACAAAACAUAACAAUGUUACAAUAACCUAUGCUGGUAUUGCUGAAAUUCAUGUUGUAAUGGGCAAUUAUAGUCUAGCAUUAGAAUAUCAAUAUAAACGUCUUGGACAACAAAUGUUUGAAUCACCUUCAGUUAUUGCAAAUACAUAUAUUGAUAUUGGUAAAAUUUAUUCUCUAAUGAGAAAACAACAGCUAGCAUCGAAUAUGUUCAAUCAAGCAGUUAGAAUUCAAUUGAGCGCACUCCAUCCUGGCCAUCCUGAUCUUGGAUAUACAUAUAGUGCUGUUGGAUUGAUGUAUUCCGAAAUUGGUAAUGAAAAAAAAGCAUUUGAAUUUAUUCAAAAAGCAUAUCAAUUACAAUUAAAAUCUUUACCGGAUAAUCAUCCUGAUUUUUUUGAUACAUAUGCAAAUUUGGGAAAUUUAUAUUUAAAAAAAGGAGAUUCAGAUCAAGCAUUAAUUUAUUUUAAAAAAUUACUUGCUGCUCAAAUUAAGACACUAUCAGAAAAACAUCCAUCAGUUGCUGAUACUUAUUCACUUCUUGGAAAAGUUUUCUUAGAAAAAUCUGAUUAUAAACAAGCAUUAUUUUAUUAUAAAAAAUCACUUGAUUGUCAAUUGGAAAGAAAACGAUUUGGAGAUUCAAUAUUAUCCGAUAUGUAUAAAAUUAUAGCUAAUAUUCAUUUAAAAGAUCGUGAUUUAGAUCAAGCAUUAGAAUAUUUUCAUAAACUCUUAGAUAAUGAUUUAGAAAGAAAAGUAUUAGAAGAUCAAUCAUUUAUUGAUACAUACAAAACAAUUGGAGAUAUUUAUUGUGAAAAAGGUGAUUUUCGUCAAGCAUUAUUCUUUUAUUAUCGUUUACUUGAUUGUCAAUUACAAGCAAGACCAUUUCAAGAUUCAGCUAUAGUCGAAACAUAUACAAUUAUUGGAAAACUCUAUAUGCAAAAACCAUUCGAUCAAAGUUUACUUCGUUUUGAUAAAUCUGUUGAUGAAUUAAAAGAAUUGGAAAAUGCAUCUUUACUCUACGAUCAUAUUGUUGUUGGCGAUAUUCAUUUUGAAAAACGACAUUUGGAUCAAGCAUAUACUUAUUUUAAACAAUUACUUGAAAUUCAAUUGAAAAAAACUCCUGUUGAUCGUCAAGAAGUAAUUGAUACAUAUCAAAUUCUCGGAAAUAUUUGCACAGAUAGACAUGAUUUCCAACAAGCAUUAUCCUAUCUUCAUGAAUUAGUAAAAAAUGAAUUAGAAAGAAAAUCAGUUGAUCAUCCAUCAUUAGGUGCGACUUAUAAAUUCAUAGGAAAAGUUUAUUGUGAAAAAGGCAGUUUCGAAAUAGGAUUGAGUUAUUUUAAUCGACUACUUGAUUCUCAAUUAAAAAUGAAACCAUUGAACAAUGCAUUAUUGAUUGAUUCAUAUCUAACAAUCGGAAAAGUUUACUUGGUAAAACCAUUUAAUCAAUCAUUAGUACUUUUCAAUGCAUUGCUUGACAAUACAAUAGAAACACAUGCAUCGACAAAUACAUCAUCAACUGAAGCUCUUACAAAUAAGGGUGGUGCACGUUCCGAAGAACGACAUCUAGAUCGAGUGUUUAAUUAUUUUCAACAAAUACUCAAUAAUCAACCGACAACACCAUUACCAAGUGAUUUACCAUUAACGGAUAUAUAUAAAAUUCUUGGAAAUAUGGCAAUUGAAAGAAAUGAUUGGAAUAAUGCAGCACUCAAUUAUCAUAAAUUAAUAGAAAAUACACCAAUAGAAAGUGAAUCGUUAGCUAACAUCUACAAAAUUCUAGCAACAGUCUACUAUAGUAAAAAUGACUUGAAUCAAGCCAUAAUCUACUAUAAUAAAGCUUUGGAUAAGGAAUUAGAACGAAAAGUAAUUGAACAUCCAUCAUUAUCGGAAAUUUAUAAAAUUAUGGCAUAUAUUUUCUAUCAAAAACAUGAUUUACAAGAAGCACUUCACCAUUAUAAUCGAUUACUGGAUUGUCAAUAUCGAGCAAGGCCAUUCAAAGAAUCAUCUAUAUUCGAAACAUAUACAAUGAUUGGAAAGAUUUAUACGGAGAAGCCAUUUGAUCAAACUUUACUCCGUUUUCAUCAAUUAAUUGGUAAACUUAAGGAAACAAGUUUAUCGACCAAUGCAUCCCAAAUGAACGAUCAUGCUAUCGUCACUAAUUAUCAUUUCGAAAAACGGAAUUUAGAUGAAGCAAUGAAGUAUUUUCAAAAAGUAUAUAAGACUCAGGUGAAAAACUUAUCACCAAAUGAUCCGUCAUUACGUGAUAUGUGUAAAAUUCUUGCAAAUAUUUAUAUGGAAAGAAAUGAAGCCGAUCAAGCAUUAAAAUACUUUCGCAAGUUACUAAAAAUUGAAUACAAGAAAAUGCCAAUAAACGAUCCAUCUCUUAUGAGUAUCUACAGGGUCGUGGCACAUAUUUAUGCAAGACAGAAUAAUUUUGAUAAAGCAAUACAAUAUGUCAAUCGAUUUAUUGAUUGUCUACUUGUACAAAAGGGACCGAGUGUUUUGUCUUUAGCAGAUGCAUACAAGAUAAUGGGAGAUGUUUACUUGAAUCGGCAUCAUUUGGGUCAAACGCAGCGUUCUCUCAGCAAAUUAUAUGCAAAUGAACCAGAAAGACUUCCAUCAGUGAGUGAUGUCUAUAAUGUUGUUCAAAAUGUUCAUAUGGAGAAACGUCAUUUGGAUGGAGCAAUCAAGUAUUUUAUAGAAUUGCUUUUCAGUCAACGAAACAAGUUAUCAAAACAGGAUCCAUCAAUAAUCAGGCUGCAAAAAAUUAUCGGAAAUAUGUAUUUGAACAAACGUGAUUUUUAUCAAGCAUUAUCAUUUUUUCAAGAAUUACUUGUUGAUCAACUUCGCAGCAAUCCAUUUGGAGACUUGGCUUUAGCCAAUAUCUAUGAAAUUAUCGGACAUAUAUAUACUGAGCUUAUCAUGCCUGAUCUAGCUCUGGAAAAUUAUAGACAAUCUCUAUCAAUCUACGAACGAAUGGGUACGUCGAACAAUGGUGCAAUUAAAAAAAUCAAGAGUGAAAUGCGCAAGCUUCUCGUAUCUGAUGACACACUAUAA